AAAACGAAAGAGACGAACCCUAAUAUUCUCUCUCUCUCCCUCGAUAACGUCAUUCACUCCCAUUUCUCAAACUCUCACAUACGACGUUGCUUGCUCAAAUUCUUGUGGAUGAUGACCCUUCUUGCUUCAAGAUCGUAGAUAAAAAGCUCUGAAAUCGACUCUAUAUGAAGGGAUUUGUGCAAUGCACCGUGUAGCGAGUGUAGGCAACACAUCCAACUCAAGUAGGCCUCGCAAGGAGAAGAGGUUGACGUAUGUGUUGAAUGAUGCAGAUGAUACCAAGCAUUGUGCUGGUGUGAAUUGCUUGGCUGUAUCGAAGUCAUCUGUGCCUGAUGGAUGUGACUACCUAUUUACUGGUAGCCGUGAUGGCACAUUAAAAAGAUGGGCAUUGGCUGAAGAUGGUGCCACUUGCUCUGCGACGUUUGAGUCCCAUGUUGAUUGGGUAAAUGAUGCUGUUCUAACAAGUGGUAACACAUUAGUGUCAUGUUCCUCCGACACUACAGUCAAGGUGUGGAAUAGCUUAUCUGAUGGGGUUUGUGCUAGGACACUUCGUCAGCAUUCUGACUAUGUCACAUGCCUUGCUGCAGCUGAAGCAAAUAACAAUAUCUUUGCAUCUGCUGGCCUUGGUGGAGAGGUUUUCGUAUGGGAUCUUGAAGCUGCACUUGCUCCUGUCUCUAAGUCAAGUGAUGGGACUGAAGAUGAAUGUUCUAAUGGUGUCAAUGGCACAGCAAAUUCAUUGCCAGUUACAAGUCUUCGACCUAUUAGCUCAAGCAACAAUAUUUCCUUGCAUCCUACUCAGUCCCAAGUAUAUGCUCCUACUGCUGCAAAAGGACACAAGGAAUCAGUUUAUGCAUUGGGAAUGAAUGAAAGUGGGACCCUACUUGUUUCUGGUGGAACUGAGAAGGUUAUACGUGUUUGGGAUCCAAGAACUGGCUCAAAGACUAUGAAACUUAGAGGGCAUACAGAUAACAUUCGAGCACUGCUACUGGAUUCUACUGGCAGGUUCUGCCUAUCAGGAUCCUCUGACUCCAUGAUCAGGCUAUGGGAUCUUGGCCAACAGCGAUGUGUACACUCCUAUGCUGUGCAUACAGAUUCUGUUUGGGCACUUGCUAGCACUCCAUCAUUUAGUCAUGUCUACAGUGGUGGAAGAGACCUCUCUUUAUACUUGACAGACCUGGCAACAAGAGAGAGUGUACUACUAUGUACAAAGGAACACCCAAUUGUGCAAUUGGCAUUGCAUGAUGAUGGAAUAUGGGUAGCAACAACUGAUUCUUCUGUACAUAGAUGGCCGGCAGAAGUGCAGAAUCCCCUGAAAGUUUUCCAAAGAGGAGGUUCAUUCUUGGCUGGAAAUUUGUCAUUUUCUAGAGCAAGGAUUUCAUUAGAGGGAUCAACACCUGUGCCUGUUUAUAGAGAACCAUCCUUUAGCAUUCCUGGGACUCCAGGAAUAGUUAAACAUGAGAUCCUAAACAACAGAAGGCAUGUCCUUACUAAGGAUACUGCUGGUGCAGUGAAAUUGUGGGAGAUUACAAGAGGCUCUGUGAUUGAAAACUAUGGUGAGGUCUCAUUUGAGAAGAAGAAAGAAGAACUUUUUGAGAUGGUAAGCAUACCUGCAUGGUUUACUGUGGAUACAAGGCUUGGAAACUUGUCUGUACAUUUGGAUACACCCCAAUGCUUCUCUGCUGAGAUGUAUUCUGUGGACCUUAACAUUGCUGGGAAGCCUGAGGAUGACAAGAUUAAUUUGGCACGAGAAACCCUUAAAGGUCUUUUGGCUCAUUGGUUAACCAAAAGAAGGCAGAGAUUUGGAUCCCAGGUGUCAGGAAAUGGGGAGGUCCCACCUGGAAAGGACAUCUCUUCUAGGAAUUUAGCUGUAUCAAGAGUUGAGGUAGAUAGUAAUGCAGAUAACGAUUCUGCUGUAUAUCCACCAUUUGAGUUUUCAGCAGUUUCCCCUCCAUCUAUCAUUACGGAGGGCUCUCAAGGUGGGCCAUGGAGAAAGAAAAUUACAGACUUAGAUGGAACGGAAGAUGAGAAGGAUUUCCCCUGGUGGGUUCUGGACUGCGUGUUGAAUAAUCGGCUUCCUCCAAGGGAAAAUACCAAAUGCAGCUUUUAUUUGCAUCCAUGUGAAGGUUCUACUGUUCAGAUACUUACUCAAGGAAAAUUGAGCGCUCCUCGUAUCUUGAGAAUACAUAAAGUUAUCAACUAUGUCAUUGAAAAGAUGGUUCUUGAUAAGCCGCCAUUGGAUAGUUUGAAUUCAGACGGGACUUUUGCUCCUGGGGGACCUGCCUUAGGUGUUGGAGAAUUUCGGUCUGGCCUUAAACCUUGGCAAAAGCUUAAGCCUUCUAUUGAGGUCUUGUGCAAUAGCCAGGUAUUAUCUCCUGAUAUGAGCUUAGCCACAGUUCGGGCUUAUAUAUGGAAGAAACCUGAAGACCUUGUUCUCAACUAUCGGCUGACACCAGUCAGGUGACCUAGCCUAGAGGUAUUUGAAUGUCGGGUAGCAUUUUCUUGGCCAAGGAGGGGUAGUUUUAAUGAUAUGAUGUAACAUAGUUGAGGCAGGAUUCGGGAAUUCUACUAGCAGGUUCAAAUCCGUGAAAAUUGCAUCCUGUAGAAAUGGGAACCAUAUAUUUGCUUUGAUUGGCAAUAUAUUUUUACAUGCAGUUCCCUUGAUAUGAAUAAUUGGAUAUUAGAACAUUAGUUUCUGUUUUUUGGAGGUGCGGUGAUGCCAUUACAAGAUUAUUCUACUAGUAGUUUUAUAAGCCCGGGCUUGGUUUUGGUGGUGGAAAGAAUUUGUGUUUUAAGGAUGGAGGAAAUUUUCAACGAUUCAAGCUUGUUGUUGGUGAUGUAGAUUUGUGCAUGAAAAAGAGAGAGAAAGAGAGGGGCUGGAGGAGGGGAAGGGUGGGUGGGUGGGUAUAUUUGUGUUGCAAGGACCACACUGUACUGAAGUUUGUUUAAUUUCUCCUCUUCCAAAUAAAAACAUUUUCCCCUUUCAUUGCCACACUAGUUCAUCAUAUGUAUCUUAUAUUUUUAUUAUUUUUUAAAGAUACAGGAAAAAAAAAGUUGUGCUGUAAAUUCUAUUUAUAAUCAUAGCCUUUAUUUAUUUUAA